AUUAUUAAUUCAAGAAAUUUUGAGUUAAUGCUCCAGGCCGGAAACCUUGGACCUCCAUCACCCCUAAGCAGUGCAGAGCGCGCGCGCUGGACGAUUUUUCGGCCGCGCACGACGCGUCGCGCUUGGAGAUGGGUGCUGACGCGCAGAUGCGCUGCUCAGAGUACGCGCGGGAGAUGAUCCUGACCGAAAACGCUGCUCUUAGGAGGACAAGGGCAACUUCCAUUUAAUUUCUGUGGCUAGCUAGGGGAAUCUAAGAAACUCAGCGCCAGCAACACCUCAUAUGUUACGACGCUUGGGCUUCGAUCACUACUUCUUACCGCUGCUUCUGUGCACAGGACACUCUGACUUGUUCUCGCAGUGAUGACCGCAGCGUUUAUAUUUGCAGGUCUGUUGGCCUUUCGUGGUGAUGUUCGCGGUGCAGUUCUUCUGACUGUUUGCCAUGUACUUACCACACUUCAACCCGGAAGGAUCAUCCUUGUGUUUCUCACUCGGAGGCUUCUUAGCGCGCGGUCGAACCUGACGGUUACUCUCAUUCGCGCCAGCGCUGAAGGAUGUUAAGUCCGUGUCCAUGAGCGAGGGACUUCCUGACGCGCGAGAGACUUUGAGGCGGAUGUAAUCGGCCAGCUCCAGGUUUCCCUUUGUCUCGCUUCGCAUGUUCUUGAACACAGACUCGACGUGAGAGGACGUGCUCUCGGCGCUGUAAAAGAGCCCGCGAACGAGUGGGCCCGUGGUCGUGAAGAGACGCGCGGCGUACGAGACCAUGGACCAAACUGGAUAGAUCGAUUCGUUCUUCCUCUUGCUGGUGCCUCCGCGUUUAGUCUCGAUGAAGAAAGGGCUCACGACGUAGGAUGAACCAGAGACAAUCUCGAGGUUGUACUCGUUGGCCGGAGUCAUCGUUACGAUGUCCCCUUCGGUAUCCUCCAACACUUCGACGCCAUCAAAUUCAGUUGGCGCGAGCAUAUGCCUGGCGAGCUGAUUUUCGUCUGUGAGCCUGGCAGUGGCCAUCUCUUCUCCUUCUUCGGCCAGAAACUCCAUGGCCAUCUUAUCCUCGUGCUUGGCAUCAUCCGUCUCGUCGUCGUCGUCGAGAUCGAGGCAGAAAUCGUAGUCCGUGGCGGCCUCGAUUUCCGAAGACCUUUCCUGAUCGCUUGUCGCACGCGGAGUUUCACGUUGCGAUUCUGCCUGCUGCACUGGGACUGGCGCCUGCACGACGUCCCUUGCGAGCGUCGUGUCAUUGAGGAGCUUUUCGCCUUUGACGAUGCGCGUAGCGCUCCGGACUCUCGCGUGGCAGACGCGACGCGCUCCCUACGGAAAUAGAAGAAGUCGUUCACCAAGCUCCUCCUGCUGCCUCUGCUGGCUUUUCUACUGGAGCACCUGACGGAAUGACUGCAGUCGAAUACGCCCAGCAGCUUUCGCUUCUUGAAGGUGGUUCAUCAUUGAAACGCCAACGAGAGGACACGUCUGCGCCCUCCCCCGCCGUCGUAAGUGGCUGCGGUCGGACUUUGAACUUUGGUUCAGCCACGCGUCCUGCUACUCCCGCGGCUCCUCGCGUCGUCCAAACGACGCUCAACCAACAGUCGGGGCCGACGGAGUCCAUCAUUCGUCAGGGUACCGAUCUCACUACGGAACUCGUCGAUGACACUCUUGGAGACAACGAUAGGUUGGCCACGAUGUUCGACAUGGAACCUGUCCUUCACAAGUACACGGACGCGGACGCGGACGUUGGCGAACGUAUCAAGAAUGCACCAGAGUUGUACAUUCUGAGAGGUCUUCUCGAAAGAGUUGGGUGUCUCCUCUACGAUAAAGGCAUAUUCCCGGAAACCGUGAAGUCACAGGGGAAACGAAAGGGUUUCAGACUGUAUACUCGUAACGGGGACUUUGCCAACUUCGUCCGCGUUGUCUACAUCAAACUCGUGGAAUUCAUCAUCCCGAAAGAUAUCAAGAUCGAGGAGGAGGGGGAGAACUACAAGACUGCCAUCCGUACUAUGAACAGCGAAAUCUUUGCUGAUCUCCGUCCGUGCAUUAACACGUACAUCACGCAGGGGUACAUUCGACGCGGAAUCAUCGAAGAUGGCGUCGUCUUCUACUAGAUUCUUUCUGCGCGAAGUAGAAGCUGUGACGAUUUCCGCGAGGUGGUAAUGUGGAGGGUUUCGGGGAGAAGAGGGGGCGAGCACGACGAAGGUGACGACGAGAGGUGAGAGAGUAACGACGCGGCGAAUGACGGACGAUGUGAACGAUUUGAAUAACGACACGAGCGGACGACUUAAACGGACGAUGACGCGAGCGCUCAACUUUCCAACGCUGCCGUCGCGGCGGCGUCGCGGCAGUCGCCCGCCGGCCGUUCCACAGCCACGCGCUCGCGAACGCCCACAUCUCCAACCCGCCGGCAACGCGACGCAACACACCCCAUCCCUCCCACGCGCGCGAUGAGCGAUGAUCUCGUGCGGCGGCGGGGGACGUCAGGGAGGACGCGAACGGUGAGCUCACCGCGCGCCUGCGGCUCAACGUUGACGCCGGCGCCGGCGUCAGCGGUGACGCGGACGCGGCGGCGUCUGCCUGCGUCUCCUUCCGCGGUCGCGCGAACACAACCGCUCCCAAUCGCGCGGCGGGGGCGAUCGAGGCGUACCCGCGAGCGACACGACCGCGGGGGACGCGGCUCUCGCCGCAGCUGCUCUGCGCGUCUGCGUCUGCGAACCGUGAACGUCCCGCCCGUGUCGCCAUGCUCCGAGCGGCGCCUGCGCGGUAGCGGCGGGUUCUCCGCCGGCGUCGUGGAUCCUUAUCGCGCCAUCGCGGAGGUACCAUCCGCGAGCACGCACUGGCGCGGUUGUCAUCGCAGCGAUCGAGAUGGUACGAACGGUGUGCGUCGUCGUAGCAUCGCGGGCGACCGAGGGGAACGUCGCGUCGCUGGGCAUUCCGUGAUUACUUACGAGUGCCUCUCGACGACGCCGACGCCAUCGGGCAGCGCGAUCAUAUCGCGUCCCCUCCCAGCCGUCUUGGACGACGAGGACGCGGGAAACGUCGCCGUCGCGCGAAUGGAAGCCUCUCACGGUCUCGAGAGCGCGUUUCGUCGACUCUCAGCUCACGGCGCCGAUCUGCGCGCGAAAGCUACGUUGCUGCGUGCACGGCGUCGCCGUCGCGACCUCAGCACGGCGCGACAUGUCCCCUCUCAGCGCAGUGGCGGGCGGCCGCCUCCGCCGCCGCCGCCGCCGCCGCCGAUCGCGAGCAGCUGCGAAGCACUUCGUCAGCUUAGAACUCACGACGUGCCUACAACACGUCCGCGCGGAGAUGCGCGCGGGGCGCGCAUCCACGCGAGAAUGACGUCGCCGGCUACGUCGUUCGACUCGCUGGUCCGCCUCGCGUCGCCGCGGCAUGCGGCCGCCACCGCCGCCCGCCGCCGCCGCCGCCGCCGCGGCCGCGAGUGGCGUCGGUGGCCGAAGAACUUUCACGUGUCGUGUUCGUGA